AUGGAGGGAAAGGGGAAAAAGCCCCUGGCAUUGAGUCUUCCUCUCUCUGGGAAGGAAGAUGUCUCCGUCUCCCCCAGACUCAAACAAGAGCCCGGCAGCUCGCACCGCCAUUCGUUGGCUAGCACGGGGGUUGGCGACCCGAGCAGCCCUUUCUUGCGGUCGCCGGAACUCACACACGUUUCUUCAGCGCUGCCGUCUCCCAAGGCGGCUACAGCUGGAGCAACGACCCUCCCGCAGCCUUGGUCACCUCCCCAAAAGCCAGGGAAAGAGGUGCUUCGCCAUGGUGUCCUCGUAUCUCCUCGGCCAGCCGAGGAGGAGCCAAGAGGCCACCUCAUGACACCAGCAAUAAUUGACGCCAAAGCGCAAGGCAAACCUCUGCCCCCGUUAAAAGAGGUUCACACCAGCAUGCUUGACGAAUUCAUAUCGCCGUACACUGCCAGCUUGAUUGACGAGAUUCCGAAGGAGGACAUGUUGAGGAUGGCUGGGCCGAGCAUAUACACGCACGACCCGAGGUUUACUGAAGACGUGAAACAAUACCAUCUAGACCACCCCGUUCCUCCCGAUGGGCCGCAGAGGUUCCCAAACUACGAAAACUUCCCCCUCUUGCUAAAUCAAGUUCACCGCCCUACGUUGGAGCCAAAUUUCAAGGAGACGAAGCAUUCUGAACAUCUUCGCGGACACAACGAAGCCAUGCUAGAAAACAAAUGGCAGCAUGAGGGGAUGCACCGAAACUUACAGAUGAGGGAGACCUACAUGCACGUCCCUAAUUUCGGCCGAGUGCAGGCAGUGCUGACAGAUUUCCCAGAUGGCACGAGUUAUCCCCUCGUGACUCUGCCUAAAAUGACUCCAUACGACAUUCUUUCAGUGCUGGAUCGGCAACAGAAGGCAAGGGAGAUGUCGUGGUGGAACACCUUCCUGAGAUGCCUGCAUAAGAUCUCUUGCGGAUUCUUUUGA